GUAAAAAUGCCACAGGGAGAAGUCUCAUUCUUUGAGGUGCUGACAACUGCUCCAUUCAGUCAUGAGCUCUCAAAAAAGCAUAUUGCACAGACUCAGUAUGCUGCUUUCUGGAUCUCAAUGGCAUAUGUUGUCGUUAUUUUUGGGCUCAAGGCUGUCAUGACAAACCGAAAACCAUUUGAUCUCACGGGACCACUGAAUCUCUGGAAUGCGGGUCUUGCUAUUUUCUCAACUCUCGGAUCACUUGCCACUACAUUUGGACUUCUCCACGAGUUCUUCAGCCGUGGAUUUUUCGAAUCUUACAUUCACAUCGGAGACUUUUAUAAUGGACUUUCUGGAAUGUUCACAUGGCUUUUCGUUCUCUCAAAAGUUGCUGAAUUCGGAGAUACACUUUUUAUUAUUCUUCGUAAAAAGCCAUUGAUGUUCCUUCAUUGGUAUCAUCAUGUGCUUACAAUGAAUUAUGCUUUUAUGUCAUUUGAAGCUAAUUUGGGAUUUAAUACUUGGAUUACAUGGAUGAAUUUCUCAGUUCACUCAAUUAUGUAUGGAUAUUAUAUGCUUCGUUCUUUUGGUGUCAAGGUUCCAGCAUGGAUUGCCAAGAAUAUUACAACAAUGCAAAUUCUUCAAUUCGUUAUUACUCAUUUCAUUCUUUUCCACGUUGGAUAUUUGGCAGUUACUGGACAAUCUGUUGACUCAACUCCAGGAUAUUAUUGGUUCUGCCUUCUCAUGGAAAUCUCUUAUGUCGUUCUGUUCGGAAACUUCUACUAUCAAUCAUACAUCAAGGGAGGUGGCAAGAAGUUUAAUGCAGAGAAGAAGACUGAAAAGAAAAUUGAAUAAAAUAUUAGAAUAGAGAUAAUUUAUCUUUUUUUUCCGGGUAGUUUACACUUUCUAUUAAAUGUUCUGAUUUGUAUAAUAAAGGUUUAGUAGAAUAC